CUGAUCUCAGGGAUCACAGGAUGCUUAAUACAUUUUCCGUGCUUUCGCCACACCUUAAGUUUAAGUAUAAGUUCGUUACGAUCGACAAUUUGGCCUUCAAGUUUCAUUAUCGGGCCACAUUCAUCAUCCUGCUCGUGUGCACCCUGCUGGUGACAUCAAGACAGUACAUCGGAGAGCACAUCCGGUGUAUUACGGGUGGCUCCAUACCGGAGCAUGUCAUCAACACGUUCUGCUUCUUCACCACCACCUUCACCGUCAUACGGCACUACAACGAAUCGUUGCUACAGGAUGGAGUACUUCCGCAUCCGGGUGUCGGUCCCAUGUACACGGAAGAUCCGGUAAAGCAUCAUGCCUACUACCAGUGGGUUCCGUUCAUACUCUUCCUGCAGGCCCUCACGUUCUACGCUCCCCACAUGCUGUGGCGUAUGAAUGAAGGUGGUCGGUUGAAGAAUCUCGUCGACGGAUUACACAUGGCACACCUCACCGAGCAUUACACUGCCAAAGCGAACCUCAGCUUCGGUCCAAAGUGUACGCUCCUAUCGCAGGACACCGUAGACGCCAAGUUGCGCACGGUAAAGCGCGAAUUUUCCAACCAUUUUAUGGUCCAGCGGCACUGGGCAUCGCGUCACAUCCUGUGCGAGGUACUGAAUCUCCUAAACUGCAUCCUGCAGAUCGUGUUUACCAACAUCUUUCUCGGGCGCAAAUUCUGGAACCUUGGGCCAAGCUUCAUCGAGGAAGACUUUACCGGCAAAAUGGAUGUGCUCGACACGGUCUUCCCGAAGGUGACCAAGUGUCACUUUUACAAGUACGGUCCGACUGGUUCGAUCCAGAAACAUGACGCACUGUGCAUAAUGGCACUGAACGUGAUAAAUGAGAAGAUUUUCACCUUUCUGUGGUUCUGGUAUGUGGUGCUGUUUUGUGUUUCCGUGCUGGCGAUUUUAUGGCGAAUGCUUACACUAAUCCUGCACAACAGAUCGUACAGGUUCACAGCACUGAUCCUAUCGUUUGCCAGUCCGGGUCGUUUGAAUCCACAGGAUGUGGAGAUCAUUACGAAACGGUUGCGGUUUACCGAGUGGCUGUUUCUGUACUAUUUGGCCAAAAACAUGGAUGCUCAUCUGUUCCGCAAGGUGCUGAGACAGAUAACGGAUGAGAUGAGGCAUCCAAACAGGGAUGAAGAUCACGACAGCCAACAGGGCAUUGAUACGGUCGAUGGUGAACAUGACAUGGACGAUAGUGACAUGGCGAUGGUGAAACUGCGAUACGAGGAUGAUCACAAGAAGGCUUAA